GAGAUUGCUCCCCAAUUCUUGACUCCUGAAUUUCACAAUCAUCUCAGUGGGAGGGGAGCAGCACCUUGAAAACAGAUUACUAGGUAGCUCGUACAUAUUUCCACUUUGCUGCCUUCAGGUAAAGCCUGUCCGAGCUCUCAGCCGUAAAUUUCGUAGCCCGCCUCACGCGGCCUCCUGCGGUAGUAGACUACGCGACCGACUUAGCUGGUUGGCAGAAACCCCUCGUUAUCUCAUCCCGUCCUCUCGUCGCACCCUCUGACUUGCCUCCGUACGCUCUCAGUGCACGCGGCCCUCUUUACAGUCACAAUUUCGGGCCUCGUGGUCCUGCGACACUAUUUGUUCUUCUAUCCGCGCAGUGACUUUUGGGUCAUCUCAAAAGUCAUUUCCGGCAUUGUGGCUCUGCGACACAGCUUUCACCCACGCAAUUUGCUUUCUACCCACGCAGCGAUUAGGUCGCUCGUAUACAGAGACACGUGCUCGUACGCGGACGCACUUACCCAUCGACAUCUACGCGCGUUCAUAUCGUUUGAGUAGCCAUUACAUUCUGAGACGGCGUUAGGUACCCUUGAAGUAGCUGUUAGCAUUUUGAGUACCCCCGCAGUUCGAAGGGCACGUAAACGCACACAAGGAACCCACACGUACGCCACACGCACGCCACGCGCAAGCCACACGCACGCCACGCGCACGCCACACGCGCGCAAGGUCCCCACAAGCACCACUUGUCAUGGCCACGCCAGGCGGAAACAGCGGCUGGGAGACAAACAGAUCCAACCAGCCACCGCCGCCGCCGUCACACGCGGUGACUUUUGAGCCAACUCAAAAUCCCGACAAAUCCAGCCAGCCACCGCCGCCGUCACAUGCGGCGGGACCUUCAAGAUCCGCGACGCGCGGACCUGGCGCUGCGCUUCCGCCGCCGGUCGGCGCUAGCUCCCGCGCAGCGGCGCAGCAGUUCUCCCGCCAGUUCACGUCCAUCCUCGCGCAGGCCAGCUCCCGCCACGCGCAAGCGCAUGCGCACGCCGCCGGUGCGCAGAGCCGAGUAAUCGGCGUCGGCGGAGGCGCCGCAGGCGCGUCGCGGGUCUUUCCGCCGGGCGGCGCCGGCGUGACGCGGCAGUUCCAGCCGGGAGGGGGCGGCGUGGGAAGCUUUGCGGCGGGUAGCUUCGUGGGAGGAAGCUUCGCAGGGGGUUCCUUGGCCGCCGCUAACCCUAGCAGGAUGUACGCCGCGCGCACCAGAAUGCUUCCGCCGCCCGCGCCAGGGGCGGCGGCCGCGGCGGCGGCGGCGGCUGCGGGGGCUCCGCCUGCUGGCGCGACGCGGGGACUGACUCCGCAGCAGAUUGCGAAGAUUGAGGACGUGUUCACGGUGUUCGAUAAGGACGGGUCGGGCUCUAUUGACAAGAUGGAGAUGAAGUUCGCCAUGAGUCAGCUGGGCAUCAACGUCAGUCAGGAGGAGUUUGAGGAGAUCUUUGCAGCCAUGGAUCGCAAUGGGGACGGGGCCAUAGACUUUGAGGAGUAUGUAGCGGUGAUGACCGGUUACAUGGGGGAGCAGAACAUGCACCAAGACAUGAUCGCCAUGUACCAGCUCUUCUCCGAUAAGAGAACAGGGAAGAUAUCGCAGCGCACGCUGAAGCGAGGGGUGUUGGACCUGGGGAUUGUUUUUUCGGAUGACGAGAUAAGGGGCAUGUUCUACAGUGCAGAUACGGAUGGCAACGGGGAGAUUGACAUUGAUGAGUUUUCCCGGAUUGCUGAGCUGGCUGGGAUAUGCUGAGUUGGAGCAUGCUGAGCUGGCAAGCAUGUGCUGAGCUAGGAGACAUAUGAGCUGGCAUCACCUGAGCUGGCAGCUUGUGCUGAAGUGGCAGCAUGUACAGAGGCAGUUACCUGGCAUGUGCUGAUCUGGCAGAGAUCCUAUCGAAGUUGUGUGCUCAGCAGCAACAAGAGAAGAAGCACAGUUUGAUCUAUAUCAUGAGAUUGCUACCUAUGCAGUUCGUAAUGCAAUCCAUGCACAAUUCUUGUAGCAUGGGUGCAUUCUCCAAAUGUCAGAAGAUGGAAAUUUUCCAUUGUACACAUUGCUAACGGGAC